AUGUCUGUUACAUUAGGUCAAAAGGUGGCAGAUCCAGAUCCAUUCACAUCUAUUGGUUUAUCUGAAAUCGGCGGAGGAGGAGGAGGUGGUGAUGAUGGUGAAAGAGGAAGAGGAGGUGAUGAAGUAAUUGUAGAUUCCUGUUGGUCAAAUGGUACUAGUGGUGGAGGAGAAGCCAGGAGGAGGACGGUUUUCAUACCUCCUCCUCCUCCUCCUCUUGCAGCACCAACAUCAGAUGCCAUUAGAGGAGGAGGUAGUGCUGCUGGUGAAGAAACAUUAGAAUCAAAUCUUACUGGUGGAGCAGGAGGAAGAGGAGGUGAUGAAGUAUAUUCGGGUGGGACAAAUGCUACUGGUGGUGUAGGAGAGGUGGCAGAUCCAGAUCCAUUCACAUCUAUUGGUUUAUCUGAAAUCGGCGGAGGAGGAGGAGGUGGUGAUGAUGGUGAAAGAGGAAGAGGAGGUGAUGAAGUAAUUGUAGAUUCCUGUUGGUCAAAUGGUACUAGUGGUGGAGGAGAAGGUAAUUCAGUGGGUUGUUGUGCAGAUGCAGUAACAAACGAGAACUUUGUUGUUUAG